UUAAUUAAAUAAAUGACAUUUCCAAUAAGCUUUUCAUGACCAUGAGCUGUCUAUAUAAGUUGAGCUAACAUCAUUAGAAACUUGUGUGUUUCUUCAUCAAUAUCUUUUAUCUGUCUCCAAUAAAGUUAGAAACAAAGAACAAAAGGCUUCUAAUUUCAAUUCUUUGAAGAAACUAUAUAUCUAAUGGAUGUGGCUGCAGCAAUUUUCCUAUUUCUUCUCCUUGCUUCUCCAAUGGCUUUUGCCAAGGAGCAUAUUGUUGGAGGCAGCAAUGGAUGGAGCCAAUCUGUAGAUUACUCCUCUUGGGCAUCUGGUGAAACUUUUAAUGUCGGUGAUACCCUUGUGUUCAACUAUGAUGGAAGCCAUGGGGUGGACAUAGUAACAAAAGAUGGCUACGACAAUUGCAACACUACAAAUGCCAUCAAAAGCUUUUCUGAUGGCAGCACUACCAUUACCCUUGCAACUACUCCUGUUGACGUCUAUUUUGUUUGUCCUAAACUUAAUCACUGUGAUACUGGCAUGAAAUUGGCCAUUAAAGUUCAAGGAACUUCCUCCGGCACAACACCCUCCGGCUCGACGCCGCCGACCACUAAGCCUAAUGCUGCCUCUGAAGUUUUUGGCACCAUGAGCAAAGUGGUUGUUGGAUUUUCAAUUGUGUUUGGUGUCUUGUUUGCAUUCAUGCUCUAGGGAAGAGGCAGUGCUAUAUAUAAGUUGUUAUUUCUUUUACGUUUUCCAUUUCUUUUGUGUUCAGUUGUUUAUCGGUUUCUUUCCUUGUUAUUAUGUUAAUGAGAGGCAAUAUGUGUUCAUAUUAAUUAUUUAUGGAAUAAGGAAUACUAUCUUAUUUCUUGUAA